GAGUGGUCACGCUGGUGCCGCGCCGAUAGCCACUACCCGCUGGUCACACCAAAGAGUAUGGUCACACACACUCACUCUCUCUGGUUUGAAGCUCGCAGAUGUCGUUUCCAAUAUUUUUAGUUGAUGCAUUUGCAUGCAAACAGUUUGAGGGAAAUCCAGCGGCAGUAUGCCUUUUAACCAAUGAGGUACUCAGUGAUGCUCAAAUGCUUAAGAUUGCAGUGGAGAUGAACCAAUCAGAAACAGCUUUUGUUUCACCUAUUAAUCCAUCUGAUACAUUUCAAACAGGGGAACAUUUCAAUCUUCGGUGGUUUACUCCAACUAAUGAAGUGAAUUUAUGUGGGCAUGCUACCAUGGCAACAUCAGCAAUAAUAUUUGAAAAAAGAGAUAAUAUUAAUGAACAAUUGACUUUCCAUACCAAAAGUGGUGAGUUAAUGAUAAGCAAAGUAGGUGAUGAGUAUGUGAUGGAUUUCCCACUCAACCACACAGCCCCACAGGUAAGCAGAUUAGAAAACUGCAAAACUUUUGAUUCGUUUACAAGACUCAUGUACAAGUUGAGUAUUGGUAAGAUUGAACCUCAAGAUGUUCAAUACGCUGCUAUUCCUCACAGAGAUGUUGUAAUAAGGUUGCCAGAUUCAACAUCAAGAGACGUUCUUGAGGGUCUGAAACCAGACACGACGGCCAUGAUGAAGGCAUUCCCAGACGGCCAUAUCAAAGGAGUCAUCGUCACAUUACGUGGGUGUCCCGAAAAUGGUGGCAAAGAUGAAUGCGGCGAAAUGUUUGAUUUCAUGUCACGUUACUUUGCCCCGUGGAAUGGAAUUCCAGAAGAUCCUGUUACAGGAUCAGCUCACACAGUACUUGGAAGUUACUGGUCAGGCCAGCUUAAUAAGACAGAACUUUAUGCCAGACAGUGUUCAGCAAGGGGUGGUAAUGUUCGGCUGAGUGUGAAAAAAACGAGAGUUAAUUUGGCGGGAAAAGCAGCCAUCGUUGUUGAGGGAAAUAUAACUUUAACAUCAUGAAUCUAAAAUUACAAUUUGUAAUCCAAUCAGAAAUAUUCUUUCAUAGCAUCUUUAUAUGUAGAUAUUGUGAGUUGUAAUCCAAUCAGAAAUACCCUUUCAUAGCAUCAUGAUAUACAGAAUUUGUGAGCUGUAAUCCAAUCAGAAAUGUUCUUUUAUAGCUGUACUGUAUGUUUAUCAGUAUAUUUUAUUAAAUAUAUGUUCAUAACUGUUCCAA